CUGUACAGCCCUUCCAACUCCUCCCAUGGCCUGAGCUCCCUCCCCUUCAGCCGGCUGCGCUUCUCAUAUGAAUAAGCUGUGAACAUACCAAAUAAACUGCUGCUAGUAGGAAGGUGGCCCAGCUGGCAGAUUAUGGCAGAACUUGGUGCAGAAGUUUGGGCCCUCAGCCCACUUUUUAUCAUCUUGUGUGUGUCCUUGUGUUCAGCUGGCUGCCCCUGUACAGACCCCAGUCUCUGUGAGCCCAUUAAAGGCACCCAGGAUUUUGAGGUGCUGGUAUUCUACACAGGAGGGAAAAACUGGAAGUUCUAUGACUGGUCUCAGGUUACCACCAUCGCAUUGUUUGGGAAGUAUGAUCCAGAACUCCUGUGUUUUGCACAUUCAAAGGGAGCGAGGCUUGUAUUAAAAGGCGAUGUUCCACUCCAGGACAUUGUGGAUCCAAAUAAUAGAACAUCUUGGAUAAAACAGAAGGUGGAACUGGCAAAGAGCCAGUUCAUGGACGGAAUUAAUCUGGAUAUAGAGCAGUCAGUGUUGAAAGGUUCACCUGAGUAUUAUGCAUUAACUUCUCUAGUGCAAGAAACUACUGAGGCUUUCCACAGAGAAAUCCCUGGCUCCCAGGUAACAUUUGAUGUGGCAUGGUCUCCUGACUGUGUGGAUGGAAGAUGCUACAAUUACACAGGGAUAGCGGAAUCAUGUGAUUUCCUUUUUGUUAUGUCCUACGACGAGCAAUCACAGAUAUGGACAGAGUGUAUGGCAGGGGCCAAUUCUCCUCUCUAUAAAACACUAUCAGGUUAUAAGAAGUUAAUUCAGUUGGAGAUUGAUCCCAAGAAGCUGUUAAUGGGUGUCCCUUGGUAUGGUUAUGACUACCCUUGCUUGGAAUUAUUAGAGGAUAACAAAUGUACUAUUCAGAAGGUCCCAUUCCGGGGAGCACCCUGCAGUGAUGCAGCAGGACGGCAGAUCCCAUACAGUAAGAUCAUGAAGCAGGUCAAUAGUUCUCUUACUGGAAGGCUAUGGGAUGAUGUACAGAAAUCUCCUUUUUAUAAUUACAAGGAUGCAAAGGGGCAAUUACAUCAAGUUUGGUAUGAUGAUCCAAUGAGCAUCUCCCUGAAAUCUGCAUAUGUGAAGAUAAAUGGAUUAAGAGGCAUUGGCAUGUGGAACGGAGAUCAACUAGAUUACUCAAGGAAUCCCAUAGCUGAGACUCAAACUAAAGACAUGUGGAAUGCUUUAAAGGGGGCAUGGCUCUAGGAAAUUAAGAAAUCAAAAAUGUGGGAUAUUUGACCAUAAAAGUAUGCUUUUAAAUUAUACAUACGGUAUGUAAUAAAAGUAAGUUUUGCUACA